AUGGAUGUAGACGUUUUCAGUGACGACAAGUUGUCAAGGUCUGUCGACGCUGCGCUUAAGCCCAAUAGCCCUGUUGACUAUCUUGACUUCGUGUGCACAUGCCUGUACACAAGGCUCAAGUACAUUCACGCUCCAAUAGGCCCUAUGACCAUGCUCCUGACCUUGACCGCAAGCAAGUACACAGUCGCAAAGGAUCACAUAGAGGAGUGCAUGGACCGCAAUCCUACUGAAGUGGAGGCGCGCACUGUCAUAGACAUUCUAGCCAAGCUCCUCAACUGUACCGAUGGUGAAGUCAUUACCAAGUGCCGUCUCGUUUCCAGAGCCUGCGUCCAGACCGACAGCCCAACGAGGUUCAUCAGAGGCCUUAGGCCUCGUGGAGUCAGGCCAGACCCUGGAGCUGCGCCUAGGGUAGGUUUACGAGUGUUAUUCAGUACUACUGCUGCUUGCAUCUCCUCUAGAGGGUGCUCUGUUUCCCUGAGUUUAGAGCAUGGUCCGGAACCGGGUGUUGUGAUGCUGCAGACAGUAAACAUGAGCGCGUCAGUUCCGCCUACGGUUGGAGGAGGCACCUCCUUCCCCAUCACCUCUCCAGAGUCUUUCAAUGGCAUGGUUAUGGAGAACGCCAACAUGGUUGAGACCACUAGCGACUUUACUAGGCAGAAGAGCCCCAGCACUCUCUACUGGAAGGCCAAACCUACCUUCAAGAAGGGAGGCAAGAUGGCACAGACUCUCAGGCUUGUUAAAGUGAAGGUUCCCUUCUUUAAGGACAAGGCUGGGAAGUAUGGUUCUCUUGAGGGGUAUAUGUACGGAGGAGUGGAUGCUUAUGUGAGGGAGGGCAUAGAGAAGAUGAGCAAGUUUGACGCUAAGGUUCCCAGGCAGAUAAUGAUUGCGAAAGUGUGCGAGGAGGGCGACGACACGCCUCUCUCUACUGAGGAUGUGGUCACGGUGAAGAUCAAUGUUGUUCGCGCCUACAUCAACGCUAUUGGCGUGGACAUCGACGUCCCAGCCCGCAAGUCCACAACCCAGGGCUUUGAGGCCACCAAGCCUGUCAAGGCUGAGAUAACGCCAGACGAUGUGAUGUCCCAGCUCGCACAGCUAGGACUCCAGACGUCCAGCGGAUGCGUAUACUUUUCAAAACUCCGCAACACAGUCGCACGCUUUGCACGCUCAUCAAGGACCACCAUCUGGCUCAGCUAG